ACUCACACACGGAUUUUCUCUCACGCAACAGAUGAGAUAGAUGACGACAUAUUUCUAGUGGCAGUCUGGACCCUCGACUUUGUUGCAGAACGUGUGUUUCGAUGGAGUAUUUAUGGAGGGGGGUCGUCGCUGUUUGUAGCCUUGGACAAACGUUCUGCUCUCGAUGAAACUUGACUAUUUAUUGAUCCUAUCAAGGCCCCCUUGGUAAUUAUAGAGUGGUUGAUCAGUAUAGUACAAACUUUGCUCUGGUCGGUAGGCUCUUGAAACGGGCAUUGUAGUCUUGGCGUUUUUUGUACAGUUGUCCAUCUAGACUCCUUGAAGAUGGUUUAGUGCUCCCUUUAAUUGGUGUUCAGUCUGAGCGGAAGGCGGACUACCGAAAUCGGUUGAUUCUAGUGUUUCGCGAGUCGAGGGAGGGUACAAAAGGAAGAGCUCUCUUGCUUGGGUGCUGCAUUAAACCAACCAAAUUCAGAAAAACUGAUGCCCAAGAUGCUCAGCUCACUCGGUCUGCGUCGCAAGUCGGAAGACGAGAAGAACAAGCUCAAGCUCACCAAGACACUCUCCAACUGCUCAACCACCUCAGCCUCAACCACCCUCACCACCUCAUCCAAGCUAUCCUCAGCAACCAAGAAGAACCGCCGCAGCACCCUCAUCAGCCGCCUCUCUGCAACCUACCAGACCAUCUCCCACCUCUCAUCCUCAUUCACCGACUCCAUCCACUCCAACCCAACCGCACUCAGCAGCAACAGCAGCCCAGCUACCCAUCAUCCUCAUCAUCACAAGUCACACAUCGACAACAGCCAGACCGACUAUACCGAGCUCUCCUCGCAUCGCAAGAGGAUCCUCGGCUCAGUCACCGACCAAUGGCCGAUGUACUCCAACGACCCCCAGGACUAUCUGCUCGGAUCCCACAUCGGGUUCGGGGCCUCCUCGGUCGUCAGGCUGGCCCACUUCAAGCCACGCCCCGGGGAGCUGUGUGCGGUGAAGGUGAUCGACAUCGACCGGCUGUCGGUGAAACAGAUCGAGUAUUUACGUAGGGAGACCCUGCUCAUGUCCCUCGCCAAACAUCCCAACGUGCUCCGAGUCCGAGGCGAAUGGAUCGAGGAGAGCUCGCUGUGUAUCGCCAUGCGGCUCAUGCAAGCCGGCUCGAUCGCCGACCUGCUCCGGUUCCGGUUUCAAGAUGGGCUCCCAGAGCCGGUGAUUGCCACCGUGCUCAUCCAGGCCAUCGCCGGCUUGGACUAUCUCCAUGCGAACGGCUGGAUCCAUCGCGACCUCAAGGCCGCUAAUCUCCUCCUCGACCACGACGGCACCGUCCUCAUCGCCGACUUCGGCGUCAGCAUCGACCGCUCCCCCGAUCACCACCAGCUCGGCAUCCCCAGCCCCGCUUCCAACUCCUCCUCCCCCCUCCCGGCUUCUACUAAUAAUCCGCUGCUCACCCGUCAGACUAGCUUCGUCGGCACCGCUCUCUUCAUGGCUCCGGAGGUAGUCACCCGCCAGUUAUACAACGAUCGGGCGGAUAUCUGGUCCUUUGGAAUCACCGCAUUAGAGAUGGCAGUGGGGAAAGCGCCCUAUGCGAUGAUAUCGCCAGCGAGAGUGUUAAUGAAGACGGUGCAGGAGCCAUCGCCGACGUUAGAGCGACGCCGGGCGGGGGCGCCGUACGAGUAUUCGAAGGCCUUCAAGCGCUUCGUCGACCGCUGUCUCAGCAAAGAUCCUGCGCUCCGACCGACGGCGCGUCAGCUGCUCUUCAGAGAGAAGUUCUUCCGCCAGGCCCGGCCCAAGGCUUUCCUCCUCCACGCCAUCCUCGCCGACCUUCCGCCGCUCGAACUCCGCCAGGAACGCCGCUUCUUCGCACCCUCUAACCUCCGCGCCCCUCCGCUCGACCAUGCUCCCCUCCUCUCCCAUUCCCCGCCGGGUCCUCAAAAUGACGCUUCCUCCUCUAAAAACCAACACCCAUCUGCAUCCCCACUUACUCGUCUCGACGAUUAUUCAGAGAAUACUAAUCUCUCUGCUUGUCCGCCCUGGGACUUCUCCUCCUCGAUCUCUAGACCGCACUCCUUUGCCUCCUCGACCCACGACCGUCCGUCCUCUCACUCCUCCCAACUCUCGCAUGAUACCCUCAAAGCUCCCAAUCAGCCUCUUCUCCUUCCCGCCUCUAAUCAGAAACUUCGGCCUUCACUCUCCAGACUUCAUACCGACUCCCACAGACCUAACGUCUUCGAUAUCGUCUCCUCCUUCAACCUUCAUCCCGUUUCUUAACCCCCUUCUUUCCUGCCUUUCGUCUUGUUAUACUUUCUUUCACCCGCCCUUUCCCCUCAACCUACCCGAAAAAUCAUAGACUCUCACAUCGGAAUCUUGUUCCCUUAUAUAUCGGACUCCACACAUACAUGAGGGCACUUUCUUUUCUUUUUUUUAAACAAAAUCAUUGAUCAUCGUUUUUUGUUUUUGUUUCUGUUUUUCUGUGUGUUUGUGCUAGUAUACAAUAGAAGAAGAUGACUCAAGAAAAAAAAAAGAAAAACAAUCGGUUUUUGUUUGGAUAAAACAAGGUGAUCAUGUCCUCUUGCAUUCUGUUUUUUUUUUUGGAUCAACAAUCAUCCUAUGUUCUCAGUGUCUGUUGUAUGUAUGCUUGUAUGCUUGUAUUCUUGUAAUUUGUACACCGCAAAAAUACACUCCAAAAUGCUUCCAUAUCAUACUAAUUGUGUAUGUAGACAAACACAUCUGUCCAUGUGAUAUGCACAUGUCACUUUUCGCAAGAUAUCUUUUGACCAAAAUAAAUCAGGUGUAAUAUCUCAAGUGAUGUCUUUAUGGUUGAGCUUAACCACCUAGUCAA